GCUGCCGUAUCCAUGCUGUGAUUGGCUGGUGGGAUCCAUUUAAUCUGCUGCCACUACUAUAGGGUCCACCUCCACACUCCUCCCCCUCUGUCUCUGCCCGCCCUGACAGCAUCCACACACAACAGUGUGCUGUCUCUGCUCCAGGGAGAGUAUCAGCUCUGCACAGGGAGGUGAGGAUUAGCUCAGCCACUCAUCUCAUCUGCAUAUACGUUUCCCAGAGAACCACAUGAGCACCCAAGGCUGUACCUGCUUUGUAUAAAACCUGGCACUCCUAUCACAAGGGCUUCACUUGAUCUGCUGUCACUGCUUUGAGAGGAUUCAGGGACUACUGUUUUUUUUUUCUUCUCCUUCUCUCGAAUUAUUUGGAAACUUCGAUGCCAGUGAUGUCUCCAUUUAAUUGGGAUGAUGCAAGUAAUACUGUGUGACACAUACUUGCUUUGAACAUCCAGGAGUUUUUGUUUUUCUUUUACUUUAUUAGUUGAGGACUUUUCCGUCUUGAUGAGCGUCUACCUCUGAUUUGGAAGUUUUGCAGCGCCAGAAUGCCAUCGCGGGAGUCGUACGAUAUUCAAAAGAAAGACAAGCCUCUGGUGCAAAAGGCCAAGCGAGAAGCCAAUCAGGAGGAUGUUCUGGCAGCGGCGCUGGGAAUGAGGAUGGGGCCACAGAAACCUUCGGCCACUUUCUGGCAACCAAUUAAAAUAUUAGCCUACUCACAGCUCACCUCACUGGUCCGCAGAGCCACGCUGAAGGAAAGUGACCGGACACCCCGAUCGGAGAAAGUCCACAACUUCAAGGUCCACAGCUUUCGGGGACCUCAGUGGUGCGAACACUGUGCCAGAUUUAUGUGGGGACUCAUGGCUCAGGGGGUCAAAUGUGCAGACUGCGGUUUGAACGUCCACAAAGACUGCUCCGCUCUGGUACCCAACGACUGCAAGCCGGACCUGAGACACAUCCGGAAGGUGUACAGUUGUGACCUCACCACCCUGGUUGAAGCUUAUAACACGGCCCGACCCAUGGUGGUGGACAUGUGCAUACGAGAGAUCGAGUCCAGAGGACUGAAGUCGGAGGGGCUCUACAGGAUAUCUGGAUUUAGCGACUCGGUGGAAGACGUCAAAUUGGGGUUUGACAAAGAUGGCGAGAAGACAGACAUCUCAGUGAAUGCCUAUGAAGACAUCAAUAUCAUCACGAGUGCGCUGAAACUGUACCUCAGGGAUUUGCCAGUUCCCAUCAUCUCCUACGACGCCUACCCCAGGUUCAUCGAGGCUGCGAAGCUCACAGAACAAGAGAAAAAGCUGGAAGCUUUCCGCGAGGCUCUCGCUCUACUGCCGCCAUCACACAGGGAAACUCUCAAGUACCUCAUGGCCCACUUAAAGAGGGUGACACAGAAUGAAAAAUUCAACCUGAUGAGCGCGGAGAACCUCGGCAUCAUUUUCGGGCCCACCCUGAUGCGCGCGCCCGACCAGGACGCCAUAACGGCACUGAAUGACAUCCGCUACCAGAGACAGGUGGUGGAGGUGCUCAUCAAGAAUGAAGAGGCGCUCUUCUGAGCUCCGAUCAGGACUUUUUAGAUCAGUUCUUUAACCACUCAUUUAUGUAAAAAUACAUUGAUUGAUACUUUUUUUCGUUUUUAAUGACUUGUGUAUGGAAUAUUGGUGACCUGGCAUCCGUCCUCCCCUGACCUGGGGCUGGAUGAUGAACCGUACACUUCAUAUCUCCCCACUUUUGUCGGGGGACUUUCAGUAGCCGACGGACCAGCAUGCACGUGGUGCGAGGUCUUUGUUGCUUUUAAGUUGUAACCCAGCAUGUGUCGAAGAUUGUGUAGCGCUGUGAUUUUUUUUUUUUUUUACGCAUUCCUCUGAACUGUAGUUUUUUUCUUUGGUCCACAUUCCUCAUGUCCAGUUGUUUCUGUGAAAUUUUGAAUAGCUGGAUGUUAAAAAAACAAACAAACAACGGAAAAAAAAAGUCCAGCAAAUUUUUCUGCAGUCAUUUUUUUAUGAUGAUGAUGUCAUUUUUUUUAGCUUUUCAGAUGUUUGUAAGUCACACUCCUUUUUUAAAAAUUGUUUUCUAGUUGAGCCUUUCCUCUGAAUGCGUAAACACUGGUGCAUUUUUUGUUGUUGUUUUGGACAGUAACAUUUUUAUUGUGUUAUAAAUAGGAUUUGUGAAAUUAAUUUUGUACUGUAAUGUUUUUGUACGCAACUUCUGCAU